UUAGUAGAAAAUUCCAGCCCGUUCCAAAAAAACUUCCCGUUUUCAUGAUAGUAGAACUUCAUAGUCUCAUGAAGAAUCAUCUUACUACAAACAUACAUAGAAUUUUCAUAAAAUGCUGCUUAAUUUACUUGUAGUAAAUUUAUUCCUCCUUUUACAAUCUGGGGGAGCAGUGCGCCUAACUACGUCCAUGUUCGACCCGUACUCGACGACAAUGGCAGAUUAUGAGGACGUCAACUCCAAAGGAAAGAAAAGUGAGAUUUUCAACCGAAUAUUUGACGAAUCAGGUUACGAUACAAAAUUACGUCCUCCCGGUUUAAAGAAUGGGACCGGACCCACAGUUAUCAAAGUCAGUCUUCAUAUUCGAUCAAUCGAAAAUAUUGACGAUGUGAGGAUGCAGUACUCUGUACAAUUGACUUUCCGUCAGGAAUGGGUCGAUCCAAGGCUGAAAUUGAAUGAUUCUAGAUUCUCUCAUAUUCAAGGAAACAUCAAAUAUUUGCAGCUCGUCAUUGCUAACCGAAUUUGGAUGCCAGAUAUUUUCUUUAGCAAUGAGAAAGAGGGGCGACUUCACGAACUCAUGAUUCCAAAUCUUUUCACCCGGGUAUUUCCAGAUGGACAAGUAAUGCAAAGUUAUCGAAUCACUUUGCUUCUUUCGUGUCCCAUGAAUUUAAGAGCAUAUCCUCUCGACGUGCAAAAAUGCCCGAUACAAAUGGCCAGUUAUGGAUGGACCACACAGGAUAUCGUACUUCAAUGGAGAAAGGAGAAACCCGUGGAUAUGGCAAGGGAUUUCAAUAUGCCGAGGUUUAAAAUGCAAGAACAUUCUAUUUCGGAAUGCAGUUCUAUCACUGCGACUGGGAAUUAUUCAUGCAUCAAGUUGGAUAUCGCAUUCGAACGAGAAUUUGGUUUUUACCUCAUCCAAAUUUACGUUCCGUGUUCUAUGCUAUCUUUGGUGUCCUGGGUCACGUUCUGGUUAGAACCGACCGCUGUAGAGGCGCGUGUAUCUCUCGGGGUCACUACAAUUCUUGCCAUUGUAACUCAGACCUACGGGAUUAAUCAAAGCGCUCCUCCGGCAUCAUAUGUUAAAGCCAUGGAUGUGUGGACUUCGUUUUGUCAGGCGAUGGUAUUCGGAGCACUUCUCGAAUUUGCCCUGGUCAACUACAUCACCCACUUUCGAGUCGUUGUAAAGAAGAAGCGACUAAUGGCGUUUGAGGAUUUGGACAACAAUACUGACAAUGAUGCCAAGGAAAAGUUGCGUCGUGAAAUACUGGAGGAAGCGGAAGCAAAAUUGGUUGCAACUGCAUUGGCCAAAGCUAAGCGAAUUGAUCUCGCAGCACGAGUUUUAUUUCCUCUUAUUUUUUGCAUAUUUAAUAUUUCCUAUUGGGGUUAUUACCUCAAGUUAUAUUUUGGAUUACUAGACGAGUUCAAAGCAGGUCUGGAUCAACUCAGAAACUAAACUUAGCAAUUAGAAAAAUUUACUUGCUUUCACUUUGCAUAAAUAAUAUGGAGCAGGUCUCAAAUUCAGAGUAAUUCAGACUGCGUGCAAUUUUAGUGUACAAUAAGUAUAAAAUAUGAUGUUUCAUAUCAAUUGUACCGAACAGACAACAGCAAGUACCUCUAUCAAGCACUUUAUUAUGCUCGCAAAUUUCUGUGGUAGGACAAAAUGUUUUCCAGGAAAUCAUAUGCACAUGCUAGAUCUUUCAAAAUUCGCAGUCUAAUGCUAUGUUUAAGCUAUGUAUGCAGAAGAAAAUUGUAGUUGAAUAAAUUUGUUAGCAUAAAAAUAUGUGUACAUACAUAUGUACGCAUACAUAUGUACAUGUCUCAACUCCAUGAAUGUGGAAGUUGGUUCGAAUAAAACGUAAAACUGAUUUAUGAUAUUGAUCACGUAGGUUACGUUAAUCAGUGGAACAUUUCUUUAAAUUUCAACAUAUUUCUACAUCAACAAAUAAUUUAAAACUAUCAUAACCCGAAAUUAAUACUUAUAUGUAAUGAUUAAACUAAACGCCUAGCGCAAGCUCCAUCCAAAAAUUGAUGAAAUCUUUAUUUUUUAAUGUGACGAACCUCAAUACAUGCCAGAUUAUCGUAGAUGGCUAAUUGUUACAAAAUUUGUACUCAUAAUUUAGUUUAUUCAAUGUAAAAUGUCUUCACUUUGAUGAUUUAAACUCUUUCAAAAGCGUAAAAAUAUAUAAAUACUGGAUAAAUACUAAAGAAUUUGGUUUAAAGUUCAGAAUUUAAAAUGUAAUUGAUACAUCAAAUGACUACUAUUCAAGAGGAAUUAAGCAUUUUAUUUAUUAUUAUUUUUUACUUCGGGACUCAUCCUAAUUUUUAGUUAGUUGGACAAUACAAAUGAUGAUGAAAUACUAACAAUGCACGUACUCCAAGGACUUGCUUGUUACGUACGUGCAUGAUGCUGCUCGCAAGCGGUGCAAAAAAAUGAAAUUGACAUUGAAAGGUUGAAUCAUCAACAUGUGACUCAUCUGCGUCUUCUGACUUGCGAGCUCGUCGUCGGUGGUCGGUAUUAUUUUACGAGUUUCAAUCUAUUCAAGUUCUAAAUAUAUUAUUUCUUACGAUAACAUUUAAUUUUGUAUUUGCGUACUAAAAUACUUAAAAGCCGUUUACUUAUAAUUAUCAUAAUUAAAAGUGUGACGCUAAAAUCCUUGGAAAACAUUAUAUCAUUUGACAUUUAAAGAAAUCGAAAAUGAGGAAUCCCCCGUGUUGUAUCCCGUUGCAGAAAGCUGCCAAAUUAAUUGCCAUCGUUCAUACGAUAUAUAAUUUCAUCACUGAUAGCCCCUCCCGUGGUGUGGCGUACCAGAGGACGCGUCCAGGGGCACAGGGUUCACGCAUUUAGCCCCAUUGCAAAAGUCGAAGCAACAAAGUUGAACCCCUGGACAGUCUGAAAAUAGAAUUGGACUUAGGAAAUAGUGAUGCUGUAGGACUGUUUGGGCACAAUCGGCUAUCGUCCAAUUUCAGCGCAGAAGUGGGACAUUGACCGCUGUCUUUGGCUGCCAAAAAUCCGAGACAAUUAAAUAUGGCAGGCUUCCAUAAAAUAAUAAUUUCUACUAUCUUCCAACUUACUCCUCAGAUCACAUGAUUUUUUGAAGCAUUUGGCCGCUUUAUAGGGCCGAGGGCACACACACAUUCUACAAUCUUGAUAAAGCAUGAGCGAGUCCGGAGUGCAUAUUAGCGGUGGGGGUGCUACAAUUAAAUGAUUGCGUAUUUAUAAUAUAUCCUGCCAAUUUAUUUAGCUACACAACUUAUUCAUAAAAAAAUAUUUGUCUUACGACGAUUGGCUCCUCCAGGGUGUGGACGGAAAUUUCCAGCAGAAAUAUUAACUAAGACAGCGAUUAUGAAAAGCGAAACAGGCAGAUGAUUCAUGAUGAAGUCAUUGAAUCCAAAUUUAAACAACUGGGUGUGCUAAUGUCCCUUGCGUUACUCGUGCUGACCGUGUCACUCGUUGUUGUGUCCAUGAACUAUUCGGCUACCAACGUUCCGUCUGUACUCUCACUUUCAUCAAACACCUUUGACAUUUUUGGUCUGAAGAACUUUUCUUCAGUCAACGUUAACACGGACGAUCAUGGCGUAAUCAGCAAAGACAAUCUCACGAUUGUGCAUAACGGCCAACUUUUUUACAAUGAGAAGUAUGUCGUUGCUCAAGCAGUUAAUCAAGCAAUGGGCGUCAUCAUCAUGGGAAUUGUAAUUUGCACAAUUUAUAUUAUUUUGGAUGUGCAAUUGUGGAUCGGAGCCAAUGACCGAAAUGUGUGGCGAUGCAAUGUGUGGUUCCAAGUUCAACUUGCCAACUCUUUGAUUUCUUUGAUUUUGACACCAGUUGUGAUGGUCGUAAUGAUUCCACAUGUCCAAUUGGGAAUGCUGAUUGCGUGCAUUGGUCAAGCAAUAUUGGUAUUUUAUAUCAUGUGGGUGAUUUAUGCAUUCAUUAAAGAGUUGGAACUGGGAGGAUCCGGAAAAGUGGAAGGACCAGAGGAAGCUUUCAUCACAAAGUACUAAAGUAUUCAAAAGAUUGAUACUUAUGUAAAUCGUUGAUAUUUCUACUCAUUUCAGUAUUACCUAAAUACUCUUGAACUGUGUGUACAGAAACAAGGUUUUGGUACUUGCGGGGUUGGAAUUAUUACUGUUUGUAAACAUCAAAUUAAUUCCCCAAGCAACGCUAAAACCUUAGACAAAUUAUGCAAUUCUCAGCCUUAAUUUCUCGGUAUUGUUUCGGGCAUUUAAAUUCUUUAUCGUUGUUAAGUUUUACUUACGCAUUUCAAUUAAAGUCAAGUAAUAAUCUAAAAAUAUGUAUAUAUCGUUAUCCUUUUCUCAAAAUUUCAGUCAAAUCAACCAUUAUAAUAUUGUAAACUAAAACUUUACUUACCAUGAAAACUAUGAAUAUGUGUGUGAUUAUAAUAUUAUUAUGAAAUAAAAUUUUGAAGUAAAACAAAUAAA